CCAACAUUCUGGAUCACUAGCAUUCUGCAGAACAGUGUUUCAUACGCCAACGAUGACAAUCACACACGCGUACGAGUCAGAGAAGACGAUUCCACAGGCAGAGCUCGGUUCUCCCGCUGAAUCCGAUGUCUCGAGCAGAGAUACCGAAGCUCUUCGUAAGAUUGCACAUCGAAAAGUUGACAAGCGACUGUUGAUCUGGUAUGCUUUCGUGUACCUGAUCAUGAGGAUUCAUGUUUCCAAUAUAUCCAAUGCCGCCAUCAUCAAUCUCGAAGCAGGCACGGGAAUACGCAAGCAACUCGGCAACCUCUCGUCAUCCCAAUGGGCGUGGGCCCUUUCCAUCUUCUACUAUCCAUAUAUGGUCUUUGAACCAUUCGCGACGCUGGCCCUCAAGCAUUUCAAUCCCAAUGUUUGGAUGUCAAGAAUUAUGCUCACUUGGGGAAUUAUUAGCAUGUGCCAGGGUGCGACGCAGAACUAUGCGGGCAUUCUAGCGUGUCGUUUCUUCCUGGGUGCUGCCGAGGCUGGAUUCUAUCCUGGAGUGUUGUACCAUUUCAGUUUCUGGUAUCCGACAGAUAAGCUACCCCUACGCAUUGGGUUCUUCUAUGCGUGUGGUAUGUUCUCUGGGACCAUCAGUGGGCUUCUUGCGUACGCCAUUUCUUUCAUGAAUGGUGUAGGUGGGCUAGCCGGCUGGCGCUGGCUGUUUAUACUCGAGGGAAUUCCUGCAAUCCUCUGCUCUGUGUAUACGUUUUUCUACUUGCCCAACUAUCCGGAGACAGUCAAAUUUCUGAACGAAGAGGAACGCGAAGCCAUUUUAACGACUCUACCUAAGCAAGCGCCAACAAUGACAGCGAAGACUUUCAGUUUGGACCAGGCGAAGUCGCUCUUCCGGGAUCCUACGUUUAUCCCGUUUUUAUUGAUAUGGAUUACACAUGGUAUUGGAGGUUGGGGUAUUUCUUUCGUACUGCCCACUGUGAUAUAUGAACUCGGCAUCUCUGGCACAGCAAUCAGUCAAAUUAUGACCAUGCCUCCAUUCACAUUGGUCUUCGUCAUCCUUCUAUCGCUGGCAUUCCUCAUCCACACAAAGCGCAUCUCACCAUGGGCCGCUGGUCUCGGAGUGGAAAUAACGCAAAUCAUCUGCUAUAUCCUCCUCAUCACGGUCAAAAACGCGGUUGCCAAGUAUAUAUUCGUCAUGAUUGCCACCGCAGCGUCUCAGUCGUUCUUCGCAAUCAUCUGGCCAGAACGAAUUCGCGCCGCAAAGGGAACGACAACAGCUGGCCUGGCCAUUGGUAUCACGAACGCGAGUUGCCAGUUGAUGGGCAUCGUUGGGCCACAGAUAUAUCAGCCUAAGUUCGGUCCUACGUAUCGCGUUUCGUACAUAUGCUCGAUCGCUCUGCUAUCUGCGUGCUUGGGUGCGGUGUGUACGAGUUGGUUUUUGGUUAGAAAGAGCGAUAAGAAGGAGGCAGAAGUGACAGUCGCCGCAUCAUGA